AUGGGAGACGGAAAUUCUCGCGGGAUUUUGUCAAUUUCUGAGGAUACAUUUAAAGAAUAUGAUGAUAUCCUGCAAGGAUCAUUCUCAUAUGCACUGAAAAUCUGGACCGAGUCGGACGCAAAUCAAACUGCUCGCAAUCUAUUUCCUCAUCUAACACAAAAUGUUAGCGUCGAGCCACAGGUGUUUUGUGAACCGAGACCACAACAAAACCACACCUAUUCUUGUGUGAUUUUACUGUACAACAUUGAAGAAGUGACAUGGGAUUAUCCAGAAAAUUGGGUCGGCCCAGCGAGAUAUCUCAGAAAUAUAUUCUACGAUGAGAGCAAAAUAACUGUUCAAUUUGUCGGAAUGCAUUGGCCACCAAAGCAUUCAAUUGAUAGUGGGCAGUUUCGUGAGUCUGCAUUGUUUUGCUUGCUAAGGGCAUUUAUUUUCUAUUCGAAAUCACAUGAAAAUUUCUCUGGCGCUUCCAACAAACCUCAGUUGCCCCUGCAAGCACUGAAAACCAAGCCAUUUCUAUUUGUUGGCUAUGAUGGGUUCUCUUGA